CGUCCCGGCGCCCCCCCCGGCGCGGCAGCGCGGCACAGUGCUGCGGCGGCUGCGGCAGUUUGUGAUGCCGCUGAUCAGCGCCCGCUCCUCCCGCCCCAUCCGCCCCCCCCGGCGCUUCGUGGCCGAUGGGGACGCGGGGAGGGAGGGGGGGGGGCGCCGCUGGGGGCUCUGCGGCCGGGGGUGGGGGGAGGGCGAAUGGGGGCAGCCCGAAGGGUGGAGGUGACCACGGGGUGGGAUGUGGGGACAGUGGGACGGCCAUUAGGGGCAGUGUGAGGGACAGUGGGGACAAUGGGGACAGUGGGACAGCCCUUAGGGGCAGUGUGAGGGGUGUUGGGGACAAUGGGGACAGUGGGACUGCCCUUAGGGGCAGUGUGAGGGGCAGUGGGGACAAUGGGGACAGUGGGACGGCCCUUAGGAGCAGUGCGAGGGGCAGUGGGGACAGUGGGGUGGGAUGUGGGGACAGUGGGACAGUCAUUAGGGGCAGUGCGAGGGGCAGUGGGAACAAUGGGGACAGUGGGACGGCCGUUAGGGGCAGUCUGAAGGGCAUUGGGGACAGUGGGACGGCCAUUAGGGGCAGUGUGAGGGGCAUUGGGGACAGUGGGGACAGUGGGACGGCCCUUAGGGGCAGUCUGAAGGGCAUUGGGGACAGUGGGACGGCCAUUAGGGGCAGUGUGAGGGACACUGAGGACAGUGGGGACAGUGGGACUGCCCUUAGGGGCAGUGGGGACAAUGGGGACAGUGGCACGGCCAUUAAGGGCAGUGUGAAGGGCAGUGGGGACAAUGGGGUGGGCUUUGGGGACAGUGGGACGGCCAUUAGGAGCAGUGUGAGGGGCAUUGGGGACAAUGAGACAGGCAAUGGGGGCACCCCAAAGCACAGUGGUGACAAUGGGGUGGCCCUUGGGGACAGCGUGACAGCCAUUGGGGGCAGCCUGAAGGGUAUUAGGGACAGUGGGGUGGCCCUUGGGGACAAUGGGGCACCCAUUGGUGACAGCCUGAAGGGCGUUGGGGACAAUGGGACACCCACUGGGGGCAGUCCUAAGCGCGGCAGUGACAAUGGGGCGGCCCUUGGGGACAAUGGGACAGCCACUGGGGGCACCCCGAAGCACAGUGGUGACAACGGGGUGGCCCUUGAGGACAGUGUGACACCCAUUGGGGGCACCCCAAAACACAGCGGGGACAACAGGGUGGCCCUUGGGGACAGUGUGACACCCAUUGGGGGCACCCCGAAGCACGGCGGAGACAAUGGGGUGGCCUUUGGGGACAACGGGACGGCCAUUGGGGGCACCCCAAAGCACGGCGGUGACAACGGGAUGGCCCUCGAGGACAACGGGACGGCCAUCGGUGACACCCCAAAGCACGGCGGUGACAACGGGGUGGCUCUUGGGGACAAUGUGACCCCCAUUGGGGGCACCCCGAAGCGUGGCGGUGACAACGGGACGGCCAUCGGGGACAACGGGACGGCCAUCGGGGACAGCCCUGAGCGCUUUGGGGACAGCCAUGGGCCCCAUGGGGACAACGGGGCGCCCCUCGGUGACAACGCGGAGGGCAGCGGUGACAGCGGGACGGCCGCUGGGGACAAUGGGACGGCCAACGGGGGCGGCCCUAAAGGCGGCGGUGACAUCGGGGACACCGCGAGGACAGGAGGGGACGGCGGCACCACAAAGGGUGGCGGCACAGCGCCUCCAUGGGACAGCAGCAGCACAGGUGACGCCGCGCUGCUCCAAUGGCCGCCCUCCUCUUCAUCGUCGUCCUCCUCGUCCCCCCCCCCGCCGCCCCCCCCCCCUCCGUCCGCCCCCCGCCGCUCCAUCCUCCGCCAGGCCACCUUCCGGUGGACGUCCCCGCGCCCCCCCCACCCCCCCGCAGCCCCCACCGCCCCGCCGACGCCGGGGGACCCCAACCCCCCCACCCGGGACGCCUCGUGGACCCACAGCAUCACAGCGGCGCUCAGGAGCCGGGUGGACCCCCCUGACCCCCCCCCCGCCGACCCCAAAAGCCACGACGGGGUCCCCCCGUCCUCCCCCCCCCCCCUCCGCCGCCCCCCUCUUCUCCGCGCCCCCCGAUUCACCCCCAGCGCCGCCCAUCUGCGCAUCUAUCAGACCCUGAGGGAUGGGGACCCCCGCAACGGCCCCCCGCCCCCCCCCGCCCCCCCCACCGCCACCGUGGACGGUGGCCCCGAAGGUCCCCCGCGGCGUCACCCCCCCCCCGCCAACCAUCUGACGCUGCCCCAUUUCGGGACGGAGGGGGGGGGGCGGAAAGGGGGGCGGCGUUGGGGGCGUUAGGGGGACAGCGGGGGGCAUUGGGGGGACAAUGGGGGGCA